ACAGGUUAAAAGGAUUUCGAACUUGUUGUAUCAAUAUAACAAUUUAAAAACUUAUUCUUCAGUUUUAAAAUACCAACAGGUAUGGAAAAGUAUAAAAAAAACCCCAAUCGGAAACUGGUUCGCGAAUCAGUGAAAUUUCUAAUAAGAAUUUAAAAUUAGAGAGUAAAAAAUCCAAUAAGCUUACUACUCACAAUCAAAUGAAUCAACUCUGGCAUGUGCAUGAACUUUGUCAAUGCAGGUAAACCCUUCUUCGUAUUCUCCAACUCGUGUUUGUAGCCCAGACUACGACCAUUCUUCUGUCCAGUUUGAUUUGUCUAUGCAGCAGGAAAUCCGUGGAAUCCCGGACACGCACCGUUCACUUUUGAUUCCAAGAAUUUUCGAAGCUAAAUAUAGACACGUCGAUGCUGAUAAAAUGUACUUUACCGAUGGAUCACUUAUAGAGGAAACAACAGGAUUCGGAGUGUUCAACGAAAUCUUCAGCGCCUCAUACAGUCUCCAGUCACCAUGUUCUGUGUACAUCGCAGAGUUAGCUGCUAUUCAUUGCGCUCUGGAUAGUAUCGCCUCACGACCAGUUGAACACUACUAUAUUAUAACUGAUAGCCUCAGCUCUGUUGAAGCGAUCCGAUCUAUAAGACCAGGAAAGUUUACGCCGUACUUCCUCGAAAAGAUACGAGAUAUAUUGACUACAUUAUCAAGACGUUGCUCUUUCAUCACCUUUGUCUGGGUCCCCUCACAUUGCUCAAUAGUAGGCAAUGAGAGGGCAGAUUCCCUUGCAAAGGUGGGUGCGAUGGAAGGCAACAUUUACCAGCGUGAAAUCGUAUUCAACGAAUUCUACUUCUUGGCUCGGAGAAACUCUCUUGUCAACUGGCAGCGCAGAUGGUACGAGGAUGAGUUGGGUCGGUGGCUUCACUCGAUUAUCCCAAAGGGAUUCCGAUUACGAUGCUGUUCCGGAAGGAUUCAAGAAUGCUGCCUGACGCCGAUCGGCAAAACAUCGCCCUGCUGGGGAUCAUCGGACACAACCACAAUUCCAGCUGCCAGUGAUGGUGGGUGUUUUUUGAGUUUGGAGUGUCGGUAA